GUAGCAGUGACAGUGACACUGGUGACGGUGACGGUGCUGGCGCUUCCCCUUGACCCGCUCUCAGACAGAAGCUGCACCUGGCCGAGAGCUCGGACCCCGAGGACGCGGCGCCCUGACCCCGACCCUGUCCCUGUCCCUGUCCCCUUCCCCGUCCCCGUCCCCGCCAUCCCCAGGACUCCCGGGCGGCCCGGGCCGGGCGCCCCCCGCCAUGGCGGCGGCGGUCGCGGCCCGAUGACGUCAGCAGGCGGCGCCGGGGCCAUGGCGGCCGCGCCGGGCCCGCGGGCCGGGGCCGAGGGGGAGCGGCGGCUCCUGCGCUCCGUGACCCGGCUGCAGGCCUGUGCCAGGGGGUUCCUGCUGCGGCGGCGGCUGCGGAGCGUGCGGGCGGAGUUCGAGGCCGUGGUGCUGGAGAUCGAGGGCGACCUGCGGCAGCUGCGCUGGAGCGGCCGCGUCCUGCAGAGACCGCGCUUCGGCGCCGAGGACGGUCCCGGCCCGGCCCCGGUGGGAUUCGGCGCUCCCGGGGCAGCCCGGCCCCGGGGCAGUGCCCGGCCUGCCCAGCCCUCUCCAGGGAAACCCUUGGAUCCAGGGGAGGCUGCAGAGAACAAAACCAUUCCCAGAAAAAAUCCGGGAGGAGCAGGAUCCUCGUGGAGCAGAGCGGGGUGGGAACAUCCCCAGCUCAGCCCCCCUGCCCUGGGGAACAACCCCAAACCCUAAAAACCCCAAAAACCCCCCGGAUCUGGGGUGUGGUGCUGCAGAGAACAAAACCAUUCCCAGAAAAAAUCCGGGAGGAGCAGGAUCCUCGUGGAGCAGAGCGGGGUGGGAACAUCCUCCCCUUAGCUGCCCUUCCCUGGGGCACAACCCCAAACCCUAAAAA